CUGCUGUCGUUGUGACAUUCGUCAUCACUCUUAUUGUUGGUGUCAUCGUCCAAGCUGCUCUCUUUGUCACAGGUCGCAUCAGUUGUCGUAAAGACGAGGAGAAAGGUGAACCCAUAAAAGACCGCACUGAAUCCGACCUUCUAGCUGAAUGAAGUCAGGUAGACUCACGUCGUGUUCCUUCAAACCUCUGACUCUGGAACUCCAAAGUUAUUGAAGCUAAUCUGCCUUAAUCCCAACAUGAAGAUGAUUUCAUCUGUUUGACCAUCAUGAUGUCAUACUUGAAAACAGCUGAGUGAGGGAUCAAAUCCAACCAGGUGUUUGUUCUCACAUUUUAAUGAACGCCGUGGAGAUCGGGCUUUUUCCAAUCAGAGCCCGUCGACUUUGGAACGACCUGAGGAGCAUGUUCAUGACACAUCCUUACACCUCUAACGUUUACUCUGCUUUAAAUACACUGCAGCUUUAAUGCAUGAUCAUUUCAUUAAUAUCAUCUGUGAAUGGAAUCCAGGGUUUAAAACAUAAAGGUCUCCCUGUGAACAUCCCAGAGAGCCUCUGACUGAGGAUUUAAAGAAACACUUUGAAAAACAGGAUUGAUGUGAGAAAGUGUGAAAUAGAAGUCCCUGUUUGUGUUUGCUCUCCUGUUGAUCCAGUGUGUGAAUGAAGAAAUGAGAGCAAAGGCGCUUUACGACUGACGGAGAAUCAAAGCCUCAGUACUUCACUGAACUACAGCUGCUGUUUGACUGUAAAUACAUGAGAUUCUGUUGCUGCUACACUGAGAUAUAAUGAGACUUUAAGAUGUGGGACGAGGAUGUAUCUCUUCUUUAGACUUUAUAAAGCCGAGUGUGUCAGGUAGAGACAAACACAGAGCUGAAGUAUGCUCCUAAACGUUUCUUUAUGCUGCUGAUGAAUGACGCUCUGAUGGUUACAACGUGAUAUCAGGCUGUGCUUCAUCAUUCACAUCCACCUGCUGGAAUAAAACAUGAUCAAUGUUA